CUCCGACCGCGAAAACCUAAGGGGAUUUAACCGAUGUCAGAUUAGGACAAAUUGCGCGAUAUUCGGAGUAUUGAAGGACUAUAAUCACAUGUGACGGCUUAUUCUUUAUCGGACGCAAAUGAGGCGGCGAUUGGACCCAAGUUCGCUGUCAAUCCUGCAUUUCGGCUCUGCUCCGGUUAUCUCCUCAAUCGAACCUCCGGCCUUGUUUCUAGCCUUUAUUCCAUCUCCUGAAGUUGCCAAAUAUGACGAUUGAUGAUCGGAAUGUUCCCACAUGGCUUCCCAAGUCCUCUGGGAACUGCGCAAGGGGGCGAUCUGCAGACCAACCUACUACUACCGUGAACACGGUUGAGGGAGCGACGAAACAGCCAACGGUGAAUGGAGUAACGACGAGUGAGAAGGACGAAAACCAUGCAACUGCAAAGGAGGUUACAUCCAACGAAUUUUCAGCAACUGUGGAACAUUGGCAAAACGUCCUUGCAGAAGGCGAAAGUUCACCAUAUCCGACCCUACCACCGUUUGUCGAUCAGCCAGAAGCAGACAAAGAGGUAGAAUACCAAUUCUCCAAGCCUCGGGGACUCUUUGGAGAUGUUUCAGUAUCGACACUAGUCCGUGCAGCAUGGGCCUUGAUCACCAGUUCCAUGACAGACUCGGAUGAUGUUGUGUUUGGCUCGACAUCAUUUGGAGGAGACACAACAAUUCCGGUGCGCGUAAAGCUGAACUUCAAUCAGAACGUUCAAGGAUACCUAAGCGAGGCCCAACAGCAAGCCAUUGAGGCGAUUCCUUACGAGCCGGUGGAAUUGGAUCAAAUAGCCGAGUCAUCCAUUGACUACCGAAAGGCUUGCCCGUUCCAAACGGUCCUUGUCCAGUCACAGGGUGAUGGCGUACUGAAGCAGUUCAGUAGAUAUGGUCUUGCGAUACAGAUUCAGCUGGUCGAAAGCCAGAUCAACGCCAAGGCCUCCUUUGACUCAAGAGUGAUUGAGCCAUUACUGGUUUUCAAGCUGCUACGUCGCCUCGAAUUUGUGAUGCAUCAACUAAAUAGCGCAACCCCGGAAAAGACACUCAAGGAGCUUGAGAUUGUCCCGCCCCUGGAAUUAGACCAGAUCCGCGAGUGGAAUAGCGGUGUUCCGCCAGUGGUUGAGCGAUGUAUUCAUGACAUCGUCCAGGAGCGUGCACAGGCUGACCCCGGAGCACAGGCAGUCUGCGCAUGGGAUGGCGAGCUGACAUAUGGCGAGCUGGAUGAUCUCUCAUCCAGGGUGGCCUCUCACCUCGUGCAUCUCGGUGUUGGCCCCGAGAAGGUCGUACCGCUAUGCUUCGAGAAGUCGAUGUGGACUGUUGUGGCCAUGCUUUCCGUUCUCAAGGCCAGUGGCACCUUCAUCCUUCUGGAUCCCAGUCUCCCUGAAGGCCGAAUUCGCAAUAUCAUCGAGAAAGUGCAGGCUGAAACUGGAAUUACAUCCAAAUCCUGCCAAAACCGACUAUCCAGCUUCGUGCAUGAAACGGUCGUGCUUUCCCAUGAAGCAAUGCAAUCGUUGAAAUCACAAAGCCAGGGAUUGCUGUCGCAGGUGCCAAAGGCCGUUCCUAGCAACUCUGCUUAUAUCAUUUUUACAUCGGGUAGUACUGGAGACCCAAAGGGCUGCGUUGUCGAGCACCGAUCAUACUGCUCAGCUGCGAACGGCCAUGGAAAGAUUUUGGGCUUCAGCAAAGACACACGUGCUCUGCAGUUUGGCUCCUACAACUUUGCCGGGGCUAUAAUGGAGAUGGUUAUGACCAUGAUCUACGGAGGCUGUAUUUGCAUUCCCUCGGAAGAGGACCGCAGCGUCAACCUGGCCCAGACGAUUGACAAGCUGAACGCGAAUUGGGCCUUUUUGACCUCGACUGUGCUGGCCCUCCUUCACCCUGACGACGUCCCUUCGCUGCGCACAAUCUGCAUCGGCGGUGAGCCCAUUCGGAGCUCUCAGAUCAGGGAGUGGGCCCCGAAGGUUCGUCUGCGGCAGACCUACGGUAGUGCAGAGACUGCUGCUGUUGUCUCUUCGGCCGCACUCGAUCCAUCCUCUGUGGUAACGAGUGUUGGAAAGGCGACUACAUGCAGAUGCUGGCUCACCAGUCCAACAGACACCAACCAGCUUGUGCCAAUCGGCGCACCUGGUGAGGUCGUCUUUGAAGGACCAGUGAUCGGACGGCAUUACAUUGGCAAUUCGCAGAAGACAGCUGAGGCCUUUAUCAAGGCACCAUCCUGGAGAGCUGCGCUCGGUCCUGUUGCUUCCUCGUCGCGGUUCUACCGCACUGGCGACAUCGCAUUAUACAGAAGCGACGGAUCCAUUGAGCUGCUAGGAAGAAAGGAUACCCAGGUCAAGCUACGUGGACAGCGGAUCGAGCUCGGAGAGAUUGAGCACCAAGCGAGACAGACUUCUCCAGAAUUGAAGGAAGUUGCUGUAGAGCUGACUUCUCUUGGCGACAGCGGUCCCAGGUUGGUCGGCUUCCUGGUUCUCAGGAACAGCCAAGCAAAUGGCGAUGGUGUAAUUCUUGACGAUCCGGUUAAGUCACUUAUUCAUGCUGUUAAAAGUCGACUGGAGAGUGUACUGCCUCCUUACAUGGUUCCAUCCGUGCUUCUUCCUAUUCCAAGCCUUCCUCUUACGGCCUCUGGAAAGACCGACAGGAGAAUCCUUCGCCAUAUGGGCUCGUCGCUCAUGGCGCAACAAAUACUGGAUCUGCAGCCGAAUUCAGGAGGGGAGAAGCGACAGCCAAUUACCCAGACCGAAAAAAAGCUGCAGAAGAUCUGGUCAAAAGUGCUCAAGGUCGACCCCGCUACCAUCGGUCUUGAUGUUAGUUUCUUCCAACUUGGUGGCGAUUCUGUUAGCGCCUUAAAGGUCGUGAGCGAGGCUCGCACCUUAGGCAUGAACAUGAAAGUGGCAGACAUUUUCCGCCGGGAUACACUGGUAGAGUUGGCUCAGCAGCAGUCCUUGAAUGCUGAAGACUCCCCCAAGCAACUUGCUGGGGAUGUUCUUGUCGAACCUUCCAUCAAAUCCACUUUGCUAGAGGAUCUCGAGUCAAAAUUCAGCAUCAGCCCCGCAGCUGUUGUGGAUAUCUACCCUCUGACUAGCGUCCAGCAAACGCUUCUGGCUGCCGGCGUGGCAUCUGGACAGUUGGCCGAUUACUUUUACCUCGAUCUUGAUCCCGCCCAGGAUGUAUCAGACUUGGAACAUGGCUGCAUGAGGGCGCUUGAAAAGUUCCCCAUUCUUCGCGCUCGCUUUCUGCAGCUUCAGGGCAAAUUCUGGCAAGUUGUACCCCAGCAGCUCGACAAUGGCUUUAGCGUUUAUAACGUCGUGGGGGAUCUCGAGGACUACUUCCGGAACUUUUGCCUCCAGAACGUGAAAUCCAUUCAACCAACCCAACCGCCUGCCGCAUUCAUUCUCUUCAAACAUGACAAGGGAAUGCGGUUGACCGUGCGGUGGUCACACGCCCAGUAUGAUGCCUUCAGCGCACCUCUUCUUUUCCAGUCGAUCUUCGAUGGUGAUCAAGGGGAAAUUCCUGCGAAGCCAACCUUCCCCAUGUAUCUUUCCUAUGCCGCCGACCAGCGCCCUCAGUCACUUUCCUACUGGAGUCAUUUGCUUCAAGGGUCGCAUCUGACUCCAAUCGGGCCCCAUGUUCGCUCGGGCAAUUCUACAAAUGCCAUGCCUGAACGGGUUUGCGGCGCAGAGGAGGCGCGUUUGGCCCACCGUCCGGGCAAGAUUACUCACGCCACUCUCGUCCGGGCAGCGUGGGCAGUCCUUCUCUCAAACAUGACAGGAGAGUCUGAUGUUAUCUACGGCCAGGUAGUUGCCGGUCGUAACGCCGCAAUUCCAGCCGUGGAGAAGAUUGUUGGGUGCUGUCUGAACAUCCUCCCCGAGCGCGUUGACUUCUCGUCUGUUAAUACUGUUGCGGAGCUCGUUCACGCCGUUCAAGAGCAAUACCUUUCAAUUGGAGACGCAGACUCACUCGACUUCAAGGACAUCGUUGAGUAUUGCACAGACUGGCCAGCUGGUUCGAGUUUCGACACGGUUCUCCACCACCGAAACGUUGACGCAGAACCUGUGAUUCAAACCCCAGCCGGCAUUUCGCGCAUGAAGAUGUUCGAAAACCCGCUCAUUUCUCCAUUCAUUUUUGUUGUAUCGGUCUCGCGGGGUGAAAACGUCGGCAUCGAGUUGUGGGCCAACACUCAUCUCAUGGCCUUGGAGACGGCUAAGAUCAUGGUAAGUAACUUGGCCCGGAUCAUGGAGAAGCUGGUUACUGGCAUGCAUAUGGCCCUGCCGAAGUGGAUGGACGAGGUGGAAUCGAUGGUCUCCUGAUGAUUAUUUAGUCAUACAGUUGUUGCUGCGGAGUGGCACUCGUGGUUAAGUUCCGAUAUAGAUUCAUUUCAUGAAAGUUAAUCUUAACAAAUCGUCAUUACCUUAUCCAUUUCCCAACAUCAUUGUAUCAGACACUACACUCUCCUCUGAUAUCUUUUCCCCGAUAGAGGUCUUGCCCUCAAUGGCAUCUUCUCUUUUUCGCGUCAAUGCCGGACCAAACUCGGUGUAUAUGCAAAUCACAAGAUCCAGGCCCAACCAGCCAAACCAACCCCGAGAAAAACCCCCGAAACACGUUGAACACCAGCGCCAUUGCUAGUCGGCGCCUCUUUAGCAACAGUUGUAGCCACCGAGCCCGUCGCAGUACAAAUACUCGCACCACAAGCAUACCCACUCGGACAACAAUCGCCACCCGCCGUAUCGGCACAGCUAAACCAACCACCGGGACAUUUGCCUGUUGUGCGUGAAGAUCCCGAUGAUGCCGUAGUGACGGGUAUGACUAUCGUUUUCCCGUCGGAGGUGAAAGUCGUCGAGGAUGUUGUUGGGCAGGAGGUCGUGUCGCAGUCGCGGUUCGUUUGGCAGCAGCCUCCGUCGUAGACGGCGGAGCAGGCGUAGAAGCCUGUUGGACAGACGUCGAUACGGGUUGUUGCUGAGUGGGUUGUUGUCGUUAUGCUUGUUCCGCGGGCUGGCGGGGUGAGACUCUCCGUGCUGGUGCUUUUCGUGCUUGAUGUGGAGCUGGUUGAGCGUGUGCUUGUGCUGGAUGAGGUGGAGUGGCUUGUUUGUUGGGAUGUCGUGUGGGUUACUGUCGAGACGGUCACGGUUGAUUCUAUGGUUACCGUAAC